AUGUCCAGGAAUGUCAAUCGGAUAUUGGAGCGAUUGUUUCAAACAGUUCAAUCAAGUUACAGCCACACGUGUUGUUUUCUGAGUUUCUCUUCGACUCAUCGCAAGAGCAUCAAAGAAGUGUCCCGUGUUGGUGUUGAUAAAAAAGAAAUGGAAACACCUAUAGCAGAAGGUACUGUGGGUGGUUCAGGAUGGGUUCCAGUCAGUCUAACGAAUUUUCAUGAUCGUUUACCUACAGUAGAAAUAUUUAAGCAACAAUUUGAUGGUAUACCUUUUGAAGAGCUCCCAAUUGUGCAUGUUAAAGCAUCAAGGAACAAUACACUAGUUACUGUCACUGAUCACAAGUAUAAUAUUAUAACCUAUACUUCUUGUCGCUUGGAAGGAUUUAAAAAUGCCCGAAAAAAGACUAAUAUUGCUGGCCAAACGACGGGUGUUGCAGCUGGACAACGGCUUAUUAGGCGGGGAAUUCGAACAGUUCGCGUAUUGGUUCGAGGACUUGGUCCAGGUCGAAUGACAUCCAUACAAGGUAUGGCCACUGCUGGUGUCAAAAUUGUUUCUAUAACCGAACAGUCAGCGCUUCCUGAGCUUGGACCAAGGCCGAGAAAAAUUCCAAGGAUCUGA